AUGUACCCAUCGUUUCUCGUACACUCGUUAUUGCUCGGCAUAUCUUUCACCUCUAACACAUACGCACAAAGCCUGUACGACUCGGUUUCUGAUCCCACCAAACGUGCUGAAUUCGCCCUGUCGAGAUUACAGAUCUGGUACAACUCCGGUACGGGUCUGUGGGAUACAACAGGAUGGUGGGGAGGCGCCAACGUUAUGACUAUGAUUGCAAACCUCGCAAAGAUCGACCCAAAUAAUGCGCAACUACAAGACCUCGCAAGAAGGGUAUUUGCGAACACAAUAGUCCAAGCGCCUGCAAAAAAUCCGCAACCGGGUAUUGAGAACGAGACGAAGAGGAGACGAGAUGUCGACCCAGGCAAUGGCACCUUCACACUGUUCAAUGAGACUGGUCUGGAAUCGGGGUACACAAAGAUUCUCAACCCUUGGGGCGUCCACGAACCCGUGACCGUCUUCCCCUUGGGCUGGGACGCAGAUGAGGGCCAAUAUGUCGACGUUCAGAGCCUGCGAAACUUCGCACCGUCAUCGAAAGACGCAGCUACUCAGGCUGCUCUUGCGACUACUCCGAACCCGGAAGACUGGCUGGACGGUUUUUACGACGAUGACCUCUGGUGGGCAUUGGCUUGGAUCGGAGCCUACGACGUGACGCAGAAGAUCGAAUACCUCCAGUUGGCAGAAGGUAUCUUUGGCCAGGUCACCAAGGCAUGGCCGACGCGCUGUGGUAACGGUGGCAUCUUCUGGAGCUGGAAAAAGGACUACAUGAACGCCAUCGCUAAUGAACUAUUUCUGUCGACCGCGGCACACCUUGCGAACCGAGCCCAAAACAAGGACACCUACGUCGAGUGGGCGGAGUUGACCCUCCAGUGGUUCUUGAACAGUGGGAUGAUCAAUGAUCAAGGGACUAUCAACGACGGCCUCACUGAAGGCUGUGCAAACAAUGGCUUCCAAACAUGGUCCUACAACCAAGGCGUCAUCCUCGGUGGCCUCGUCGAGCUCAACAAAGCGGCUCCCAACGACACCUACCUUCCCCUGGCGAGUAAGAUCGCCAAAGCCGCAAUCGAAAAGCUCUCAGAUGAUAAUGGCGUCAUACACGAUGUUUGCGAGCCUGGUUGCGGUGGAGAUGGAACUCAGUUCAAAGGCGUCUUCAUGCGCAAUCUGCAGAUGCUCCAUGAGGCUGCGCCGGAUGAUGCGUUUACAGACUCGAUCAAAACGAAUGCCGACAGUAUUUGGCUAAACAACAGGAAUGAGAAUGAAGGGAACACGCUAAGUGUGGUUUGGUCUGGGCCAUUUGUCAGUCCGGCGAACGCGAGCACGCAUUCGAGUGCGAUGGAUGUACUCGUUGCUGCCAUCUCUGUCUGA